AUGCGCACGUACCUACUUGCGACAACAAGUUCCUCCACUUUCCACUCCUGCCUCCAUCACCUGCCUCCAGCAUAUUUGCAACAGGCCGAAUUCGACACUGAUCCUGUUCCGCUCAUAGCGCAAACGAUCCGCCUACGCUGUGCAAUCCUCAUGACAUUGAAACCGGUGCACGCGACGAGGGUCCGCUCGAAGAAAUGGCUCCCGCUCUGUCACGAAAGAGAAACAGAACAAGCUGCCUGCCCUGCCCUGCCCUGCCCUCCUGCCUCUCUCCCUCCCUCCCUCUCUCUUCCUCCCUCCCUUCCUUCCUGCCUUCUUGCUCACUCACUCCUACAUCUACCUCCGCAACCACACUCUCCUCCGUGCGCUCCUUUCGUCUCGUCUCGCCUCGCCUCGCCUCUCGACUCGCAGCGCAACCGAACGAAGCAGGCCCGCCCCGUGAGCACGGCCGGGUCCGGGACGAGCGGAGGAGCGGAGGAGCGGAGGAGCAGCGAGAGAGAGAGAGAGAGCGGGGGAAUUCGGCAACUCGCGACCCAAAUCGCACACUCUCGCUCGCUCGCGCGCCUCGAAUUCCCACGCUCGGCGGGGGGCUGGCAGAGGCAGCGACCGGGCGCUCCGGUGGGCAGGCAGGCGGGCGGGCGGGCGGGCACAGUGAGGCAAAUCGGAGCCGAGAUCCUCUGGCAGUGGCUACCGCGCGAGGCCGCGGGCGGACAGCGGAUCGAGGUGGCCGACGGAGGACGCACUCGGCUGCUGCUGCUGCUCCUCUGCGGCCUAUCCCAGCAGCCCGCAUGCCGCCCGCUUUUCCGCCCAUUUAUAAUUGGCGCCCCCCCCGCUUCUGCUGCUGCUCCUCCUCCUCCUCCUCCGCUUUCCAGCCCGGAUCUACUCCGUCCCAAACUUAGGGCUGCGUUCCGCCAUCUUCGUCUGCAGCCCUCUUUUGCAGGCCCGGCCGCGGGCAUCCACCAGGUCCCCGAAUCUCCUGGCGACGCCACCGGCAGCAGCCACUACGACGAACCUGUCUCCGCCCCUCCCCUACUCCCAACGACCAAGGAUCACCGGCAAGAGCGCACCUCCUCUUCCUCCGCCUGCCCUGCCCCGCCCGCGGCCCUGCUCCGCGACGCCGCUGCCCUCCCUGCCGGGGAUCGGACAAGGCCACGGGCCGGGCAGAGGCAGCGCCAGCCAGCCCUGCCCAGCCCUCGCGAUUCCGCCCGCGUUUCGUGCCGCCAAGGGCCGGAUGAGGCAGGCGGCCGGGCCGGCACCUUCCCGGCCGCCGUCUCUUUGCUCUCCCGCCGGUAUGCGUCGCUCACGCCUGCCGUCCGUCCGUCAUUAAGGGAGGGAGGGAGGGAGGGAGGGAGGGAGUCGUCCCGUUUCGGUACGGGGUGGGGUGGGGUGGCGUGGGGUGGGGGGAGGCACGGGCAGGGAGUGGUGCCGAGUCGUCCAUCGGGUACGGGAACUGAAGGCUCGGAUCCUGUGGACCAUUGCGGCGUCGUGGACCUUUUCUCUCUGGCUGUCUCUCCUUUUGUGCUCUCUUGUGAUUUUGCUGCUUUCUGUCCUCUCCACGGGACGUCCCCCGGAUCGAUACUUUUGGCCCUGUACCCUCUCGUUCGGACCUAG